UUUCAGCUCUGCGUACGGGUAGUGGUGGUGCCUCGAGCGGCACUGGAGUCGGACUUUUGGGGUGAAAUCGAGCGAAUACAAGAAGAUCGGCUUGCAUACCAUGACGCCCCACUACUUGUCAUCAACUCUUUCCGACCUGACGCGACCGCUUCCUCCAGUCGACAUAUAUCCUCGGAUGGGGCGCAUCCUUUACUGCUCAAUAAUGUUGCAUCAAGAAGCUCAACUCUGUCGUUAUCACUAAUUUACAAUAACGAUCCCUCCCCAUCACUAGCUUACUGCCUCUGCGCACUCACCUCACUGGCGUGUCAACUGGAGCAGCAAGGAUGUGUCGAUGUGGUUAUUGCUGCUCGCAUCUUAUUCUCAUAUCCACUGUGGACUAUGGAAUUCUAG